UCAGAUGUGGCUCCUCUAAGACAGGAAGGUGGGGAUGGGCUCACUCCAUGGAAGGGGUUGCUGUUGGAUUCAGGAGAACUAGGAAAAGGACGUCAGUCUCCAAAUAAGGCUUCUUUCAUUUCAGGAAUUUGCACCCACAAGGUGUGGUGGUAAGAUGGCUUUAAAAGAGGAUAGGAUGAAUUUUGGAGAAGGAUGUUGUCAGAGACUGUUAACCUUAGUUAUGUGGUCCCACACAUUCAGAAGUGGGUUAUCUAUAAUGGACAAAUAGAUGGAGAAGCUGCUGCUCUUAUGCUCUUCCUAUGUUUUUUCUUGAGGCCUGUAACUGGACUUCAUGGAUUUGAUCCAACAUAGUUUCUGUUUUGUUCAAGGGGGUUGAGAGCUAAAUUUCUUAUAACAGGUUUCCAGGAGAGGUACCCAUAUUCCUGUCCCCCACCCCAUACACACUCACUCACCCAGAAUUAAUUUUACCUUCAGCAUAUUGCAUAUGAUGUGGAUGCUUUGUGUUGCUGACAAGCAUGGUUUAGGAGUCUUGUUCAAUAUCCAAACUUUCACAUUGGUGUAGACUUCUCAGGAUGAAAUUGGGGGAAAGAGGAGAGUGUUGCAGAAUGUUUAUAUACAAUAUACUUUAAAUAAAAAAUUCACAUUUCACCCACUACUUCCAAUCUAAAUUACUGACUGAAUAUUUGAAUGAGUUUCCAUCUGCAGUCUUACAGCUUUUUGUCCAGGUCAACUAAACAUAGCCCAUUGCUUUACCCUCGGAGUACAGCUCCUCCUUGAGAAACUGUCAUUGGUACCAUAUGCUAGUAAAUAGCUUGUUUGCACAGGAAAAGAACAUGUGUUGUAUUUAAUCAAAAAUUGAUUAGAUACUGUUCCUUUUUAAUGAUUUACUGCAUUGCCAUAGGAACUUUGAGCUCUUGUCUCAACCAUUCCUAAAGCGUUUUGGUCAAUUUUAUAUCUAUCGAUAAACAAGAAUACUAGUUUCUUAAAAACUCUCACUUUAUCAUUAUUCUUAGAACCCAGAACUCGUUCCUCAGCUAACACUCAGAGAUCAGUUCUGUCAAGUAAGAAUUGGAGGUUUCAGUGAGUAACAGUAAUUUGUACUAGAAUGGAAGAAUCUCACUUCAACUCCUCACCGUAUUUCUGGCCAGGAGUGCCCACAGUCUCAGGACAGAUUGACAACAGUAUGUUCAUUAACAAGAUGAAGGAGCAACUGUUGCCCUCGGAGAAGGGCUGUGGUCUUGCUCCCCCCCACUAUCCUACCUUACUGACUGUACCCACCUCUGUGGCCCUUCCCACCAACAUUUCUAUGGAUUCUGACACCAAGCCAGAACAGCUAACCCCCCACAGCCAGGCCUCUGUGACACAGAACAUUACUGUGGUCCCUGUGCAAUCUGCUGGGCUCAUGACGACAGGACCUGGUCUUGUGAUCACUUCUCCCUCUGGGUCUCUUGUGACUACAGCCUCUUCUGUGCAGACCUUUCCCAUCUCGGCCCCCAUGAUUGUCUCAGCGCUUCCCCCUGGUUCCCAGGCAGCUCUCCAAGUGGUACCUGACCUUUCCAAGAAGGGUGCCACUGUCCUUUCAGAAGGUGGUGCAGUGAGUGGUGUUGGAGGUAUAACUCCCAAAGGUCCUCGAGGUCGCAAAAAGAAGCGCCUGCAGGAGUCUGGCCUGCCAGAGAUGAGUGACCCUUUUGUGUUACCGAACGACGACGAUGAAGACCAGCACAAGGAUGGCAAGACAUACAGGUGUCGGAUGUGUUCCCUAACAUUUUACUCUAAGUCAGAGAUGCAGAUCCACUCCAAAUCCCACACCGAGGCAAAGCCUCACAAGUGCCCUCACUGCUCCAAGAGCUUCGCCAACAGCUCAUACCUGGCCCAGCACAUACGCAUCCACUCAGGAGCCAAGCCGUACACCUGCAGCUACUGCCAGAAGGCCUUCCGCCAGCUUUCCCAUCUACAGCAGCACACACGGAUCCACUCCAAGCUCCACACGGCGGUUGUCAAGCCACACAAGUGCCCUCACUGUUCCAAGAGCUUCGCCAACACGUCCUACCUGGCCCAGCACCUCCGCAUCCAUUCGGGGGUCAAACCCUACACGUGCCGUUACUGCCAGAAGGCGUUCCGCCAGCUCUCCCACCUACAGCAGCACACACGGAUCCAUACUGGAGACAGGCCCUACAAAUGUGCACAUCCUGGGUGUGAGAAAGCUUUCACACAGCUCUCCAACUUACAGUCCCACAGACGGCAGCACAACAAAGACAAGCCCUUCAAGUGCCACAAUUGCCACCGUGCGUACACAGAUGCCACCUCGUUGGAGGUUCAUCUGGCCACCCACACGGUGAAGCAUGCCAAGAUCUACAACUGCUCCAUGUGUAAUCGGGCUUACACCUCGGAGACAUACCUGAUGAAGCAUAUGCGGAAACACAACAUCCCUGACCCCCAGCAGCAGGUGGCAGUGGUGCAAGCCCAGGUGCAGGCCCAGGUUCAGGCCCAAGUGCAAGCUCAGACACAGGCAUCGCAGCAGCAACAGCAGCAGCAACAACAACAGCAGCAGCAGCAGCAGCAACAGCAGCAGCACUUCCAGGCGCAGGGUGCAGGGGCAACUGGGGGCCCAUCUGCAGACAACAACCCCAACCCCCCACCCCAGUGCUCCUUUGACCUUACCCCUUACAAGACUUCGGAGCAUCACAAAGACAUCUGUCUCACGAUGCUUCCUUCACUCUCCUUAUUGCCAAGGCAGACUGGAAUGAGGUGGCUGUGGUGGUGACACUUGGAGAGCAAGAAUCAGAGGAAUCUUCCCGAGGGUGGACAGUGAAGAAGAGGAGAUGGUGCAAACCCAUCCGUGCACGGAGAGACCAAUGAGAAGGGGGAAAUUCCCCCAAAACAGACUCGUGCCCCCUCCCCUUUUGAAUUUAUAUAUAAAUAUAUAUAAAUAUAUAUACAGAUAGAUAGAUAUAUCUAUUCACAUCCCAACCCCAUCCAGCCUGCUCUGUCCUUGCUGUAACUGUUUCUAUCUGUGUUUAUAAAAUGCAUUAUCCUUGCACACUUCUAUUUUCAAUCCUUGGUUUGUUUGUUUGUUUGUAACCUCCCAUGCACUCUUUUUCAUCUUGAAGUUACCCUGCCCCCUUCUCUCUUUCCUGUUGUGGUUUCUUGGCCAUCAUUUCAAUGUUCCGGGUAUCAUGUGGGUCAUGAGAGGCAGAAGUGGGGGGGGGGCGGCAUACAAAAGCGAGUUGGAAUUUUGGUGGGAAGGAUGCUCUUAGCAGGCAUGCACAUACCAUGGGGGUUGAGGGUGGGAGGUUGGGAGUACAUUGGUUUGGAUGUCUUCCUGUAUGGGUGAAGGCGCUGGCAGUUUUGGGCAGCAUGUCCAAAUAAAGAAUGUGAUGAUUGCAUGUCCCCUCAUCCAUGAGGGCCAGCUCAGCGGGAGCAUGUUGGGAGGGGGACUUUUGUCCACCAUGCUAUGCUUCCUGGAGUGCAGAAAGGAUUUGGUGGGUGCAGAAAAACUUCCAGGUGGCCUAAUAAUCCUGUAUACUUGGAAUUGACCUGGACUGAUGGACAUUUCCUUCCUCUUCCUCUUUUCUCUCCCAGCUCACACAUAGACCCAUUGAAAUCAAAAGGGUGCAUAAAUAUUUCAAGACUGGGGUUUGGUUGUGGGGACUAUGGUGAAGUUGGCGUGGCCAUGACUUCUGUAUGUGUGCAUGUAUCGCUGCACUUUGUUUGUGCACGCAUGUCCAGCAGCAUCCUGCGUGCUCUUCCCCUCAAGGUGUGGAUUGCCUGGUCUGGAUUACACACGUCUGAUCAUUGUCUCAAGAAUUGUUGGAGCUACAGGACUUUUUGUUGCCUUUUUUGUGUGCAAGACAUAAGUAGAGUCAUGGAGAGUGGACUUCCUGAGAUUGGCAAACAGCAUUUCAUGGCCUAGGUCUGAUUUUGAGAAGUCACUAAAGUUGUCCUGUGCUAAUGUCCAUUCGGUUUGUUGAGACAAGAGUUGUAUUUCCAGCUUCUCCUUCAUGUGUACAUUUGGCAGUAGAUUCUCAUAUUCAAGGCAGACAUUUGUUGUGGAUGGUUUUCUUUUCCCAAAAUUGGGAGCCGAGAGCUCUUUCUGUUUCAGGACCGACUGAUGCUUUCAUGAACCAUGAAUAAUGCUCGGGACAGGUCAGUGAGGACUCUUAAGGCUGGGUGCAGGUGCAAACUGUGUUAGGUGAGGUCACUGCUUCUACCUGUGGUAGAUGCAGUAAUGCCUCUCUUUUUAUAAAUCUGGCCCUUGGUCAAAUAGUUUUUAAACAUGCAACAUUUUUGGGUCAGAAUGAGGCAAA